AUGACGGUUCCUUCAGCAGACGUCUCGAUUCUUCACAGAGCAGAUGGCUCUGCAAGAUACUCGGCGGCGGGAUACACAGUGGUGGCGGCCGUCAAUGGUCCUAUCGAAGUAACACGCCGUGAUGAACUGCCCCAGCAUGCUGCUCUGGAAGUCAACGUGCGUCCGGCUGUUGGUGUGGGCAGUGAGUAUCAGUCUGUUCAAACUCACGAUAUAUCAGAUCUAACAUGGCAUUUGCAGGUNCCCAAAGAACGUCAUCUCGAAUCGCUCAUCCAUUCGACACUACGCGACAUUGUCUUGACCCACAUGCACCCUCGUACCUUGAUCCAGUUGACUUUGCAAAUCGUCAACACUCCUGAGCAAGAGAACACUCUUCCUGCCUCUUUCGCCCUUUCACCUCUCCCAGCUCUCCUUAACGCCUCUAUGCUUUCCCUGCUUAGCGCAAGUAUCCCCAUGAGCAGCACUUUCACAUCAACCCUCCUGGCCGUUUCAUCCUCUGGCGACUUAUCCAUCAAUCCUGCUCCUAAGGUCUUGCUAUCCACUUCCUCUGCACACGUAUUCGCCUUUUCGUCAACUGGGAACCUCAUCUUGGAUCUGAGUGAAGGAGAGUUUGACAUGGAUACUUGGGAGAAAGCACAUGACAAAGCAAAGGAGGAAUGCUGUAAAGAGCAGCUGUCGGAAGAUGCUAUGGAGGAGGGAAAGCCAAGCUUACAGACCUUUGUGGAAAGAGUGGUCGAGGCCAGAGUCGACAAGGAGAGAGCCUGGAAGAACGGCUAG